AUGUCCCGAAUUUUCCAAUGGGAUAUGGGACAAAUACAUUUACAAGUCAAGAUCCUAUGCAUAAUCUGUAAAGGCUGGGAUCCCUCAUGUUGGAGCACCGUCUCAACGACACCACUAUCAACUGUCCCUUUCGUACCAACGGAGAUCAGCUCGCCUACACAAACCACUAAGACCACAGCCCCAGCUGUUACAGAGGCAACUGAAGCGCCGCCAUAA